UUUGUAUUUUAAAACUUAAAUUCAAAUAAAUUAAAAGAAAUAACAACUAUAGAAAACAGUUUAAAAAUCAUAAAUGUAUUAAUAUUCUCAUUUUAUAAUACUACGCAGGGGAAUGUAUUAAGGGAAGUGAAUGAGCUGUUUUGAGCGUGGCAGUCGAAUAGAAACUAUAGCACCGAAUACUAAGUCAGCACUGCUGCCAAAGUGCCAUGCAGGAUUACUUAAGAGAACACAUGGCAAGUGAAUAUACCACUACAUUUAACCAACUGAGACAUACAGUGUGAUAACAGUUUUUAAAAAUAUAUGUUAUUAAUCUUCUGUUAGUUAUACAGAGUGCAUUGAACGCAAAAAAUGUACCUGAUGAUUACACCUUACAUGCAAGAAUUUGGUGAAACAUCGCCAUGAAUUGAUUGAUAAAUAUAUUAUUAAAGGCGUUAUGGACAUUGAAUGGACGAGAUGUUUAUGGAAAAUAAAUCAAAUUCUCGGUGGUGCGAAACGUCAAGAUACUGAAGCAAUAUUUAUCAAUGAAACGUAUCUAGGCACUUGCGAAGAAUUUCAAAAUUAUUUAAGCGUCAAUUACAAUAUUACUAUGAGUUUAUGGUCUCUGAAAUACAAACAACUCGCAUCGAUUGAUAUUCAAAAUUACUAUAACAACAAGUCGACAUUCGUACGUAUGGUUUUUGAAGUUAACAAUUGGGAGCUUGGCCACGUUGUCUUCGAACUGUUUGAUAAACAAGUUCCAAAAACUUGUAAGUAUUUCAAACGGUUAUGUAUAAAUAAAACUGAAGGAUACUUGAACAGUUUUGUGCACCGGAUUGAUAUAAAUAACGGUUUUAUUCAAGCCGGACGAAUCUUAAAUAAAAUGGCGUAUUUAAAAAAAGAAAACUUUUCAGUAAGUCACGAUAGAAGAGGUGUGCUGUCUUUAGCUAGUAGACGAACAUAUUUCAACGGUCCAGAAUUUAUUAUUAGUUUUCAACCAAAUCCUUGGAUGAACGAUAAAUAUGUGGCGUUUGGACAUGCUGUCGACGGCGAGAAGACCUUAAAAACAAUUGAGAAAUUGUCCAAGGCACGCGAAAUCUCCGACGGACAAAUUCGUAUAACUUCGUGUGAUGUAUUGCCGGGCUGUACCCGUUCUGUUGAAACGAAAUUAGACAAAUUUUUACACGCACUUAUCGGCAAAAUUGUUCUCAAAGCUAUGUAUAUAUCCGCAUACGGUAAACCCAAACCACUCCACAUGCCCGUUACAACUGAUCUUGAGUACAUAGAAUCGAUUAUUCGGAAAUUAACUAGCAACGUAAUGGGUAGAGUCGAAGACUCGGCAUCACCUCAGGAAACCGAACCGUUAAUUAUUGCGGAUUAUUCGAAAUCGAAACGCUCGGGACAACAACGUACGGGUUCCUUGACUAUUCCGAGCGCGCCAUCUAGCUGUAAGGACGAAACGAAGAGGAAACAUUCGCUGAUAAAGUUGACGCCAUAUUCCGCCGGGUUUAAUGCAACUUCGGGUCGAAUGCUCGGAACUGAAAAAAUGUCGGCGAUCAAAUCGAAACGCUCGGGCGCCUGCGGUGCAAUAUCGAUCGACAAGAAAGCCAAGUACGGUAUCGAUUUAUCAGCAGAUCACAAGGAUUAUUGGAAGUAUAAAAAAAUAUACGACGGCAUUGCCAAUUGAAUAAAUAUCGAACGUAAAUUACUCGUCCACGAGUCCAUAAAUCAUAUUAGUCAGUAAGUCUUGAUUCAUCACUCGCCUAUUGAAUUAUAUUAUUACAUCUGAAUAAAAUAAUAUUUUAAAUCAUAAAUUAAACGCACGUGACAAAUGAGUAAUGACGUAUAAAUGUGUUAAUAGGUAUUUUUAUAGACAGGUACAGAGAAAUCCGAGAAAUCGUGAAAAAACUAAACAUAGUAAAAUGUCCGUAAGUAUAAUAUCAUAAGUGUAUUUUCAAUUUUAAUAUUACCAAUCUAUUAUUAUUUACUUGCUUACGUCAUUAGUCAUUACUCUUACCUACUUAAAUAAAAAGUUGCGAGUAGGCAGUAGAAAUUGGUAAAAUGUAUUUUAAGAAGUCUAUCCAGUAUUAUAGCAGGCGCAACAACCCACAACAAUCAACUUGCAAUACCAUCUAUUCUAGAAUGACCAUACGUCCUAUUUUUUACAGGAUUGUCUUUUAUUUUAGCUUUAUGUCUUGCUGUCCUGAUGAAUCUCUUAAGG